AUGCAGAGCAUCAAUCCUGCGACUGUCGAGGAGACCCAAACGGUUCCGCCUCCAGCCGCUGCGGGCGUCGUUUCGCCUGAGCUGACCUCAGCGGUGAAAACCGAGCCGCCGGCUGCAGAAGCAGCGGCCGACCAGCAGCCCGCCGCUUCUGCUUCCUCGCCGGCUGUCGAUGCCUCCCUGACUGUCGGAGAGAAACUGGGGCGUCUGCUGCGCCCAGAACAAAUACAUUACCUUAGGGAAAAUGUGAUCAUGUCAAAAAAGUCUUACUCCCUUUACACGAGGCUAGUAUUAUUGAGCAACCUGCCAAAGUACCACGAUGGCUGCUACACCGAGAACGGCAUCGUCAACCUGCUUCACGAGUUUGGAUUUUAUUACAAAGACACAAACAUCUACGUGAUUCCUCAGGCGUGCAUGGCGUUCGUCCUCAUGCCCAGUUUUAGAUGUGCCAAACAGGUUUUCAUGGCUUCCAAAAACGAUUCCUUGACUCUAAAUGGAUCUAAACUCUCUGUACGGAUUAUUACCAGCAAGAUCUUCAUGGAGCCUUUUGAGUUUUAUAAAUCUCUGAUGGACCUGGUCGGUUUUGUAAGUACCUUCAACCUUUCUUCCUAAGCUCAUCCCAGCCUGUGCUGUCAUACCGUAUUUAUUCAGA